GGCGGUUUAUGAGAACGAUCUGUCGGCGGUUAGGAUGCGGAGGGAGGAGGAAGAGGAGCAGGAGGACGAGGAGGAGAUGGAGAUGGUGCUGCUGCGGAGGGAAGAGGAGAAAGCCGAGAGGAGGAAGGCGGCCCUCCGCGAGGCGCUGGCGAGGCAGGGGGUGAGGUGGCGCAAGGGGCAGGACGGGUGGUCGUCUGUUGUUGUUGGUGGUGGCGGCGGGCUGAGUCCCAUUCCCGGGUCGGUAGCUUCUUCUUCUUCGUCGGCACGGACUCGGAGUGUCGGGGACGGCGGCAGCCCCCACCAGCACCAGCACCAGCAGCAGCCUGUUGUCCUCAUACCCCAGCGUACGGAUUCUUUUUUAGGCUUGGCGGCGGUGGCGAGGGAGAUGAAGGAAAGCCGCCACCGCCGCCUGAUCAUGGGGGGAGGAGGAGAUAUAGUGCAGCCUCGGCCGCUCGAGAGGGUGGAAGAGGAGGAGGGAGCGCCGCUGGACGGUGGUGCUCUGGUCGCGCUGAGAGAAGCGAUGGCGCGGUACAUGUUCCCGCCAGAAGUACCCCGACGCCGGGGUUCCCGCCAGCAGGAUGCAAGCCGGCUGCUGGAGUAUCGCCCGGGCUGGGAACUGGGCGACCUCAUUGUGGUCCGCCCGGAUCUGCGCAAACCGUCGGAGAACCGCGGAGUUGGAGGGUUGGCUCCGGGUCGAGUGACGGAACUGGACGGGUCGGCCCCGGCAGAACAGUGGGCGGGCAGGCUGAUCCAGGACCGAGACAGGCAGAACCAGUGGAAUUCAUCCAGCCACGGCCAUGUGGUCCUCCAAGCGACCUCGUCAGCAACCAGCGGCAGUGGCCCGGGCAGGGCAUUCCCAUCUGCCUGCACACACACCACCACCACUACUGGCUCCGAACAUCUCCGUCGUCACCGGCACCGCAUCGACACCCGUCCCUACGACGCGACGCUCGACGGAUCUCAGGACGCUCCUCCUCUGACACGGUGUCCUUCGACGGGGACAGCGCUCUCACAACCGGCAUUACUCCCGUCGUCGACCGCGCCGCCCAGCAGCGUCUGUUCGGGCCAGCAGGAUUCCCCGGGCGGUAUGCAACUGAGCGUUUGGCCGAGUAUCAGCAGCCCGGGUCCGCAGAGUGGACCGACGACGCCGGCGCUUGUUCAGGAGGAGAAGGAGAAGGAUGGCAUAGACCCGCUGGACGACGACAACAACAAGAAGAACAACAACGGCGACCCUAUCCUCCCUCCGCCUCCCGAACCAGAACCAGGCAGCGCUACUGCGUCAUCGUCCACCAGCACAACUCAGAGGAAGGCGGCGACGCCUACCAAGGAGGAGCAGGGGACGACGACACGGCCCCAAAGCCGCACGGCAGCAGCAGACUGGGGGAUUCCCAAGACACUCCGCAAGCCAAACGAAGCCACCGGCACCGGCACCGGCACCACUCGCCACAACAGGUCAUCACCCAUGUGCAUACGCACGUCCACCUACCUCAUGACCCUACCCACCGCGGACCCGGCGGCAGAGGCGGAGGCGGAGGCGGAUCUCGCUCGUGGCGCGGCACGAACAGCCUAUGCGACGCUGAGUCGUUGCCAUCAACACCAUCCCCUGGCGACGACAAUAGCAAGGCUGCUGCUGCUGCGGCCGGUUCCGAACCCAGGAGGCUCAGGGCGGGGUCAGGAUCAGGGUCUGGGUCAGGGGGCGGCGGCGACAAACAAGGGCCAGGCUCAGGCACAGGGCAAGGGGAAGAAGGAGGACAAGGACAAGAAUGAGAAGGGAGCAGGGCAGCAACAGCAGCCGACGAAGAAAAAUAAAAAGGGGAAGGGGAACGAGGACACGGAGCAGACAGCCGCAGCUGAGAACGCGAAGGGGAACGGUGACAGCAAUAGCACAGGGAAGAAAGCCAAAGCCAAAGCCAAAGCGGACGCAAAAGACAACAACAACAAUAACAACAACAACAACAACAAUAGCUCUAGCUCCCCCGCCGGAGGAGCAGGAGGAGGAGGAGGGAGCAUCGAGUUGAUCGUCCGCUGGACACGGACGGCAGCCGUGACUUUCGAGCGGGUCGUGGCCGCCUACUGGCAGCUGGUCAGUCCCGCGUUUGACGGCUGUUCCGACCUGCGUAGACGGGUCGACCGGGCCCAGGCGACGUGGGGAGAUGUCGUGGUGUGUGUGCUGGCGGCCGUGUUUGUGGUGCUGGUGCUCUCUGCCGGAGCGUGGGCUGUCCGGGCCACGGUUUGGAUCGCGAGCGUGCUGGCUGAGGUCUGUCGGGUGGUGAGGGUUGUUGCUGGACUGUGAAACUACUCGUGGAAUUUUUUCCGGGCUGGCUACUCAAGGUACCUAGGGUGCGCUGUCAAUACCUACCUAUGAUGUCUGAGUCUGGGGAAGAAGUGGGACAUCAACCUUGAGUUUUGUGUCGUGUAGUGUAGUAGUAUAGUGUAGUGUGGUGUGGUGUGGUGUGUGAGCAUCGUUACUAGUAGUCUCUGAAGUACCUGACGUACCGUACUCUAGUCUGUACCUACUCAGCAGGCAUCCAAUCCCAUGACUUGAGAGCCUGGCCCAGACCUUGUGGUGAGCAGAACCAGCCAUACCCGUGAUAAGAGCUGAGGCUUGUUUGGAC